AUGCCUCUCCUUCGUCAUGUCCUUCUUGGCAUCGUACUCCUCUUCCUGCACACUCUGGCGAGCUCCGCCGCGACAGAUACCGUGUCACCCAGCCAAGCACUUGCCGGCAGCAACAGGCUUGUCUCCAACAACAGCAAGUUUGCUCUCGGCUUCUUGAAGCCAGGUAAUGAGUCCUACAACAACCACAACUCUUACCUUGGCAUAUGGUUCAACAAGGUCCCCAAACUUACCCUGCUGUGGACCGCCAACGGCGAUAACCCAGUGGUGGACCCCACUUCACCGGAGCUCACGAUCUCUGGUGAUGGAAACCUGGCCAUCCUGGAUCAUGCCACCAAAUCCAUCAUAUGGUCUACCCGUGCCAACAUCACAACCAAUGACACCAUUGCCGUGCUUCUGAACAAUGGCAACCUUGUCCUACGAAGCUCCUCAAACUCGUCCAAGAUCUUUUGGCAGAGCUUCGACUACCCAACAGAUACGCUUUUCGCCGGUGCGAAGAUUGGCUGGGACAAGGUCACCGGCCUGAACCGCCGUAUUGUUUCUAGGAAGAAUUCGAUUGACCAGGCCCCAGGUAUGUACUCAUUGGAGGUGGGGCUCAAUGGGGAUGGGCAUCUGCUAUGGAACUCAACUGUGCCAUAUAAGUCCAGCGGGGACUGGAAUGGCCGAUACUUUGGCUUAGCACCAGAGAUGAUUGGAGUUGCAUUGCCAAAUUUCACAUUUGUUUACAAUGACCAAGAGGCUUACUUCACAUACACCUUGCGUGAUGACACAGCGAUCGUGCACACUGGAAUAGAUGUCUUCGGGAGAGGUUUCGCGGGUACGUGGCUGGAAGGGUCACAAGACUGGCUGAUACAUUACAGGCAGCCGAUAGUUCAUUGUGAUGUGUUUGCAAUCUGUGGACCUUUCACAAUCUGCGACGACAAAAAGGAUCCGAAUAACAACCCAUUCUGCGACUGUAUGAAGGGCUUCUCUGUAAAAUCACCGAAGGAUUGGGAGCUUGAUGAUCGAACAGGAGGGUGCAUGAGGAAUACUCCGUUAAGUUGUGGCAGUAGCAAGGACAGGUCAGACCUCACAGAUAAGUUCUACCCUAUGCAAAGCAUUAGGUUGCCUAACAACGCCGAAAAUGUGCAGGCUGCUACCAGUGGAGAUCAAUGCUCACAGGUUUGCUUGAGCAACUGUUCCUGUACUGCAUAUUCCUAUGGGGAAGAUGGCUGCUCCAUUUGGCAUGAUGAGUUGUAUAAUGUAAAGCAACUGUUGGAUGCUGCUUCUGAUGGAAAUGGGGUAGUCCUUUACGUUCGCCUUGCUGCAAAAGAAUUGCAAAUUUCAGAAAGGAAGAAGAGUGGAACAUUAAUUGGUGUUGCCAUUGGUGCAAGCACAGGCACUUUGUUUCUUAUUACCCUUCUACUGAUACUAUGGAGGAUAAAAGGGAAAUGGAUUAUUGCUCACCCACUGGAAAAGUCUGAGGAUAGCAUUGGGAUCAUUGCAUUUCGACAUAUUGAUUUGCGACGUGCAACUAAAAACUUUUCAGAGAAAUUGGGGGGAGGAAGUUUUGGUUCUGUAUUUAAAGGGAACCUAAGCGACUCUACCAUAGCAGUGAAAAGGCUCGAUGGAGCCCGUCAGGGAGAGAAACAAUUCAGGGCUGAAGUGAAUUCAAUUGGAAUCAUCCAGCAUAUUAACUUAGUUAAAUUGGUCGGGUUUUGUUGCGAAGGUGAUAAUAGGUUACUUGUGUAUGAAUACAUGCCAAACUGCUCCCUUGAUGUGUGUUUAUUCAAGGCUAAUGAUAUAGUUUUGGAUUGGACAACUAGAUAUCAAAUAGCUAUUGGAGUUGCCAGAGGCCUUGCCUACUUGCAUACUAGUUGUCGGGAUUGCAUCAUACAUUGUGACAUCAAGCCAGAGAAUAUACUUCUGGAUGCAUCUUAUGUGCCUAAAAUUGCAGAUUUUGGAAUGGCGAAGAUUUUGGGGAGAGAAUUUAGCCGUGCUAUGACUACAAUGAGAGGAACUAUUGGAUAUCUGGCUCCUGAAUGGAUUAGUGGAACAGUUGUUACAUCAAAAGUAGAUGUUUACAGCUACGGGAUGGUUUUGUUUGAGAUCAUAUCAGGAAGGAGGAACUCGAGUCAUGAAAAUUUCAGGGAUGGUGAUUAUUCAUUCUUUUUUCCCAUGCAAGCUGCACGCAAGCUUCUCGAUGGAGACGUUGGAAGUCUUGUGGAUGCCAGUUUGGAAGGCAGUGUGAACCUCGUUGAGGUUGAAAGAGCUUGCAAAAUUGCAUGCUGGUGUAUUCAAGAUAACGAAUUUGAUCGACCAACAAUGGGCGAGGUGGUACAGUCUCUUGAGGGUCUACUUGAACUCGACAUGCCUCCAUUGCCAAGACUACUAAAUGCUAUCACAGGAGGCUCACAUCCAGUGACACCACAAUAUUUUUAUUCACUAUAAAUCUGUAUGUUGAUUUGCAAUUUCCAGUUGUCUAUCAGAACAUUAUAAUUCAUCUUGCCUUUUAAGAAAACUAGGCAUAACAUGUAAGAUCUCUAGGAG